CAGGACACAUUCUGGAACCGAAUCUCUGAGUUCUUCGAGCCGGAAGUUAUCAUCAUGACCGAGACCGGCACCCCAAGUACAGGCGGCCGCGGCUUUGUCCUACCGAGGCAAACGACUCUGAUCAACUCGGGCGUAUGGCCUUCGAUCGGUUACAUGCUCGGAUCCUCUCAAGGAGUUGACUUCGCGCAGAGGGACCUGAUAGCUGAGGACAGUUCUCGUCGAGGACGGACGAUUCUGUUUGAGGGCGACGGGAGUUUCCAAAUGACGGCCCGGGAGCUCAGCACCAUUAUUUAUACGCGGCUUGAUAUGAUUAUCUCCCUUAUCAACAAUGAUGGCGAUACUAUUGAAAGGUUAGUGCAUGGCGAGGAUGCGGUCUACAACGAUAUCGCGCCGCGGAGGUACUUCGAAGCCCCAAGUUGCUUUGGUGCACCAAACGAUGGCUCGUACGUGACAAUGACGGCAAGGGCAUCAACCUUGGGGGAACUUAUGGAAAUCAUCUCCAAGGACGACUUUAAGUACGGGUCGGGACUCCGUAUGGUUGAGAUUAUGAUGGAACGGAUGGAUGCACCGGUUAUCUUAAAGCGUCUGUUAGAGAGCUACUCUGCUUCGGCCAGCUAG